GGGACCACUCGCACGGGGCGUGAGUGUCGGAAUUCGAUUGGCCAAAGAGAGCCGAGGACCUUCGGAGCGAGCCGAACGUCUCCGACAGCCCCCGGGCAGAGCCGAGGGGCGCCGAGGCGCAGCAAUGGCGGCGGCCGGAGCUGUGGCGGCAGAGAAAAGCGAGGAACCGACGCCAGAGGCCGAUGCGCUGGCCACCGAUGCGCUGGCCGCGGCCCGGGAGCGGUGCAGCCGCUUCUUGAGCGGCCUGGAGCUGAUGAAGCAGGGCGCCGAGGCGCGCGUGUUCCGCGGCCGUUUCCAGGGCCGCGCGGCCGUGGUGAAGCACCGCUUCCCCAAGGGCUACCGGCACCCGGCGCUGGAGGCGCGGCUCAGCCGGCGGCGGACCGUGCAGGAGGCCCGGGCGCUGCUCCGCUGCCGCCGUGCAGGAAGGGAGCUGGGAGUUGAAUUCGUCCUUCUGACUUGGAAGAUGAAUCUGGAAGCCAGUACACUGCUUGGCCUCCUGUUUGGGUCCUUGUCAGGGAUAUCUGCCCCAGUUGUCUUCUUUGUGGAUUAUGCUUCCAACUGCUUAUUCAUGGAAGAAAUUGAGGGCUCGGUGACUGUUCGAGAUUAUAUUCAAUCCACUAUCGAGACUGGAAAAACUCCCGAAAGUCUCCUUGGCUUAGCCAAGACUGUGGGGCAGGUUUUGGCUCGCAUGCACGAUGAGGACCUCAUUCAUGGUGACCUCACCACCUCGAACAUGCUCCUGAAACCCCCCCUGGAGCAGCUGAACAUUGUGCUCAUCGACUUUGGGCUGAGUUUCAUUUCAGCACUUCCGGAGGACAAGGGGGUUGACCUUUACGUGCUGGAGAAAGCCUUCCUCAGCACCCAUCCCAACACCGAGAGUGUGUUUGAAGCCUUUCUGAAGAGCUACUCCGCCUCCUCCAAAAAGGCCAAGCCGGUGCUCAAAAAGCUAGAUGAAGUGCGCCUGAGAGGAAGAAAGAGGUCCAUGGUCGGGUAGAAGAUGCGUGUGCAGCCACGGACAGUUAAGCUAUUUACCUCACAGUAAAUCUGAAGAAGUGCUAAGAGUGUGGAUUACACCUAAAAAAAAGUAUAGGGAUAUUUAAGUGCUGUCUGUGUUCAUGCUUGUUAAGUGUCAUUAUCGCCUGCACUGGACUGUUCUCAGGAGCUUACCAUGUCCAUAAGCCAUGUUCUAGACCGGGGUGGGCAGCGUCUGGCCUGUGGGCCGUGUAAGACCUGCAAAACCAUUUGAUCUGGCCCUGCCAAUGUUUGAUCAAAUAUAGCGGGCUAAUUUUUAACUUGAUAAUUUUGUAUGACCUGCAAAUGAUGAUAUAAAUAUUCAAAUGGCCCAUGGCAGAAAAAAGGUUCCCCACCACUGUUCUAGACAGAACUGAGUACAAAAUAAACCUAGGACAGGCUUUCUCCUCAGGAGCAUGGGCAUGGCAAUAAAAAACAUUGACCCACACGAUGAGAAGAGUGUCCUCUGUUCAUUCCUGGGGAGACGAGAACAAAGUCUCGGUGACAGUGCAUCUAUACCGGCCUUUUAAACCAGUGUUGUUUGUUGUGUUCGUGACAUUCCUCUUGAAAUCAGUGUAGUGGGAUACAAGCAGCAUUUUAAAAAUAAAGUAGAAUCAGAAUAAAGUAGAAUGUGCAUUACAUGGAGUAUUGUCAAUACUGUUUUAUAAGACAUUUAUAUAUGUGUAUGUAGACGAGUAUGUACUGGGUUUUGAUGUAAAAUAUAUUUUGAGGCUUAUGGUGAAAAAGAUGAAAAAUACUGCUUAACUCCAAUUUCCCUUUAAAAAGCUUUUAUACAACAUUGUUUUUAUAUGUGUUGCUCUGUGAUUUUAUGGUUAUCUUCUAGUUAAGACAAUGAUUGACAUAAAGUCCUUUUAGUUUAUAUAGGUAAAAAAGCGAAUCACUUUGUCUCAUAGACAAUAAGUAGACAGAGUAAAAAUGGUGACGUGGCUUGGCUGUGACUGAAGUUUGAUGAAGCCUGGUUUACAGGAAGGUAGAAGAAACCUGAAAUACGAUGCAAAGUGCCACUAAUAGCUCACGCUUAACGUUGCCCAGCCUCAGUUUCUUGCCCCAACGAAGGUGUGUGUGGAAGGCAUAGUAAAAUACUUUUGUCAGCUCCAACUAGCAAGUGAGUAUUUUGUGUGCCUGGCACUGUAGUAGGUACUGGGUACACAAUGAACAAGAUGGACCGACACCUGCUCUCCUGGAGGGAACAUUCGGGUGGGCCCGAGACGUGUCUGUGUCCAUCACCAUAGCUACCACUUCCAUGUGGCAGAUGCCCAGGAAUGAAAGAAAGCAGCCCUUCCUGGGCAGUGGUGACUCGUAGAACUAAUCAUCACCUGGUUACGGCAUGUUAGGCAUUGUGCCAGGAUCUAAAACAACUACGUUCGGCAUUGUCCCCUUUUUAUAGAUGGAGAAAUGGGUUUAAACUGGGGGGAACUUAUCCAAGGUGUCACAGCCAGGGGUACUUCACCUGCCUCCAAAGCCCAUGUUCUUUCCACUGAUCCUUUAAGAAAUGAAAUGCUGGCUAUGACAGGUCUUUAUCUGAUAACUAGAGGCCUGGUAGAUGAAUUCGUGCACCAGUGGGGUCCCUCGACCUGGCCUGUGGGAUCAGGCUGAAAUUGGCUCUCUGAUAUCCCCCGAGGGGUCCCGGAUUGCAAGAGGCACAGGCCAGACCGAGGGACCCCAACAAUGCACCAUUGGGGCCGGGGAGGGAUGCAGGAGGUUGGCCAGCUGGGGAGGGACCACGAUAGGGCUCCAGGGUAUGUCUGGCCUAUCUUGCUCAGUCCCAAUUGGCCAGACCCCAGCAGCAAGCUAACCUACUGGUCAGAGCAUCUGCCCCUGGUGGUCAGUAUAUGUCAUAGCGACUGGUCAGCCGGUCAGCUGUCAGCCCCCUGGUGGUCAGUGCACAUCAUAGCGAGCAGUUGAGCGGCCUUAGCAUACUACACUUUGAUUGGUUGAAUGGACGACCGGACACUUAGCAUAUUAGGCUUUUUUAUUAUAUAGGAGGAUGUGUAUUGGCAGUAUAUAACAUUUUUAAACAUCUCCAAAGGCUGGCUUUUUUUAUUUUUUCCAGUGAGUAUGUAAUAAGACAGAGGGCAUGCCCUAACUGGUUUGGCUCAGUGAAUAGAGCAUCAGCUUGUGGACUGUAAAGUCCAGGGUUCGAUUCCAGUUGAAGGCAUGUAUCUUGUUUGCAGGCUCCAUCCCCAGUGGGGGGCAUGCAGGAAGCAGCUGAUAGAUCUUUCUCUCUCAUUGAUGUUUCUAACUAUCUCUCUCCUUUCCUCUCUGUAAAAAUCAAUAAAAUAUACAUAUUUUUUAAAAAGGACAGAGGGCUCAUCCCCCAGGGUCCUCAAAUGUACUAUAAGGUUGAUUAAGGCCAGUGUCUACCUGGUGGGAAGAGUGAGUGAAUUCCCACCUGAACGUGUGCAGAUGAUAAGUCACCCAGCACUCACUCUGUGCCUGGUCCUGGAGAUAGGGAGCACAGAGGCUGUCCUCGCUCUCCUGGAAGCAUAAACCAAGUGCCCAUGACAGUUUCAGACAGUGACGCAUGCUGUAAGGGUGCUACAGUCCUGUGUGACCUCAGGGGAGGAGGGAAGUGGUCAGGGAAAGCCUCUGAUGAAGUGACAUGGGAGCUAAGAUGUGCAGGCAAACCUGAAGACCGGGAGUGUGUUCCAGGCAGAAGGGCCUUCAUGUACAAAAUAGCAAGGCCAGUGGGGCUGGUUUGCAGCAAGCCAGGAGGAGAGACAGGAAAUGAGGCCAGAGAGGUAGUUAGGGGCCUGUAGCAAGGUUGGGUUUUAUUCUAAACUAGAAGCCUGGUGCAUGAAUUCGUGCACCAGUGGGGUCCCUUGGCCUGGCCUGCAGGAUUGGGCUGAAACCGGCUCUCUGACAUCCCCCGAGGGGUCACGGAUUGCGAGAGGGCGCAGGCCAGGCUGAGGGACCCCACCAGUGCAAGAUCAGGGCCGGGGAGAGAUGCAAGAGGUUGGCCAGCCGGGGAGGGACCACAGGAGGGUUCCAGGGUGUGUCCGGCCCAUCUCAGUCCCCAUCAGCCAGACCCCAGCAGCAAGCUAACCUACUGGUCAGAGUGUCUACCCCCUGGUGGUCAGUGCAUGGCAUAGUGAGCGGUUGAGCGGCCUUAGCAUAUCAUUAGCAUAUUAUGCUUUGAUUGGUUGAACGGUCGUCGCGACACUUAGCAUAUUAGGCUCUUAUUAUUAUAGGAUGUGUCUCAGAGGGUUUUAAACAGGGAGACAUGUUUUGAAAGCAUUACAUUGGUAGAAAAAGGAAUAGGGGCAAGAAAUCAAUGAGAAGGCCACACAGCCGGCUGGGCCAGUGGUGUGGUAGCUGGGGUGGAGGGGUGGCCAAGCGUGGCUGUGAGCCGCUUGACAGCCCUUGGUGUGAGUGACACGGCAGCCAGCAGUGGGGGGGAAGGAAAACUGAUCUCCCCUGCAGACGCUGAGAGGGAGAGGGAUACUGCAGACCACUGGCUUAUCUGUGUACCCGGCCUAUGGGAAGUAAGAGGUUAACAAGCAUUCCGAAGCGGCCCUAGUUGUCUCACAAGCUCUGAGGCGUCCUCCUGCCAUUCCAGCUCCCUCGGGGUCCCUGCGGAGUUGGCCGGUGCUUUGCAGUGAUGAGCCAAUGACAGCUGUGUGUGAAUUCCCACCUGAACCCUCAGACAGGAGUUAUAACCCCCACUUUACAGAUGGGAAAACACGCUUAGCAAUGCAAAACAUCAUGUCCCAAUGUCACAGUCAGUGGCAGAGCUGGGUUUCAAACCUUGGGAGGAUAGCCCACAUUUUAAACAACAGCAACCGUUUGUGGAGAAGUUUUAAGUUCUUGGCAUGCAUGAACCCAUUUCACAGAGGAGACAAGUGAGGCUCAGAGAAAUUGAAUCUUGCCCAAGGUCCCCCAACUAGUGAGUGGCACAGUCAGGGAAAUGUGAUGUGACCCUGAGAUCUGUCCAUCACAUGUGGAAUAUUUAAAAGAGCCUCAUGGGCAGUCCAUGGGCCACAGGAAGGACUUACGCAAGCCUGGGGUAGUGAGUGCCCUGUACAGGCGUGCUCUUGUUAAAUUAGGUGAGCUGACCACACCGGCACCAUGUGCAGGCUGAGGGGCUUUGGGAACACCCACAUUCAUGAAGCAUGUGGGGCAUAAACUCGCUGUAACUAAGAAAGUAAACCCUAAUCCUGGUCCUGGUUCUAAUAAAAUUUUAUUUACAAAAA